GGAGGCGCGUCCUGCACCUGUGACUGCUGGUUGUGAGACGCACGAGCCGCAGACUGCUGCAGGCACACGAGGCGAGGUCACUGAAGAGGAUUUAUAUGACAGCUACGUUUCAGUACGAUUUAAUUGGCCUGAAGCAGGAUACUUCCUCCUUCCAUAAUCCUGCACAGAUGACCAGAUGAUGGAGGGAGUGCUGAUUUUAAAAUCCGCCCCUCUUCCCAACUGUUCCUCGCAAGACUCUGCUCCUCCAUCACCGGGUGCUCGGGACGAUCCAGAUCUGCUGUCGUCUUCUGCCGCGCCUCCCCCCAUGUGUGCUCUUGUUGUACCGCCGCCUCCUCCUCCCCCUCCACCACCACCACCACCACCACCACCUCCACCCGCUCUUUUCGGCUCUCGUGACGUCCAGCGGCGCUCCAUGAAGAAGCUGAACUGGGACACCAUCCCCAGCCAGCGUGUCCUGGGAAAACUGAACGUGUGGACGUCGAAGCGUCCCCAGAGGGAUCUGGUGCUGGAUAUCCCCAGCAUGGAGGAGUUGUUCAGUCACGUGGACAGAAGGGCCUCGCUGCGCAACUCGAGGGGCAGCGGCCUGAAGGCCUAUGAAGGCAUGCACCUCUUUCCACAGGAGCCUCCGCCGAAGAGCAAGGUCACAAUCCUUGACUCUAAAAAGAGUAUGAAUAUUGGGAUCUUCCUGAGACAUUUCAAGAGGCCAGUGACAGAAAUGGUGCAGGAUAUUUGUAAAGGGAACUGGCUGAGAUUUGGGACAGGGAAACUAAAAGAGCUUUGUAAACUCCUGCCAGAAGAAACUGAGGUGAAGCUACUGCGGUCGUACAAUGGGAGCCUCUCGGUGUUACCUGAGGCGGACCAGUUCAUGGUGCUGCUGGUCAAAUUGCCCGGCUAUGAGGAGCGCCUGAAAACAAUGAUGCUGAGGGAAGAAUUCUUUCCUCUUAUGGAGGAAGUGAAGAACUCUGUUGCUGUCAUGACCAAAGCAGCUAAUGAGCUGUUGGACUGUGAUGACCUCCACUCGGUCAUUCGCCUGGUGUUAAAGGCGGGGAAUUACAUGAAUGCUGGUGGUUACAGCGCCACUGCCAAUGCCAUUGGCUUCAGGAUGACCUCUCUGCUCAAGCUGGCAGACACCAAGGCCAACAAGCCUGGCAUGAACCUCAUGCACUAUGUUGCCAAGCAAGCAGAGGAAAUGGAUGCUGAGUUGCUGAUGUUUUCCAGCCAGCUUGAAAAUAUUGGUUUGGGAGCAAGAAUUUGCAAGGAGGAGGUCCUCGCAGAUUACGAAAGGGAAGUCAAGAAAGUCAAGGAAGUGAAGUUGUACAGCAGCCGACAGCCCGACCUCUUGCAGCAAAUGGAAACAUUUCUGUUGAGGGCUGAGGCUAAGCUGGUUGAUUUGGAGAUGUCUCUUCAGGAGCUGAAGUCUGUGAGCAACGCCGUGGCCGAGUACUUCUGUGAAGACCCAGAUACCUUCAAACUGGAGGAGUGCUGCUCCAUCUUCCACUCGUUUUGCAAGCGGUUUGAGACGGCUGUACAGGAGAACCGAGCGCGAGAGGCAGCCGAGCAGAGGCGCAAGCAGAAGGAGAGCGUGCGAAUCGCAGCCAAGCGGCGCUCCACGGUGACCGCGUCCUGCCCGGCGCCCGAGAGCGACCCGGCCUCGGCGGGCCUGGAGUCGGCCCUGCACAGCCUCCUCUCCACCGCUCCGGAAGGAUUGGUCAGGUGCAGGAAGAGCGCUCUUCCCACAGUCGGAGAUUCCCUCGCCGAGUGCAGCUCUCGGAUCGUUCCGCCGGCGGUAAACGCUGUGACCGCGCCGGGCCUCAAACAAGAGAAACUCGUGAACAAAUCGCCCAAAUUGCCGACGGAGGACGAGCGCGUGGCAGAACCGGGAAACGCAGAAGGGGCUCAGAGGACACGCGAGAUAACUCGGAAGGUGGCGAGAUACCACAGCGGCAAAAGCAGCGUCGACGGGGACGCCGUUUCGGGCUCUCCUCCUCGUCAGUCGGAGAGAGCAGGAGGCCCGCCGGAUACCCCGAGUACUCCUCGGCCUAGAUCCAGAGACUACUUCUUCUCUGAAGCCGAGGGUUUGGGCUCCCCGUGGACCAUCCUGAGUCCCUUCACUUGCCCCAAACGAGCCGCCUCCCGCCAGGACCGACCAGCACUCCAACGCAGACUGUCCUCCGCCCUAGCCGGAGACGACCUUGAAGAUAGAGUCUGGGAGAGUGACGAAGGCAAUUAUCUCCCCAACUCCUCCAGUCAGGGAUAUCUAACAUCUCCAUCUGGGAGUUAUGAGUCUCCUCCCGAGCGUCCCAAUCCGGGGGCCGCGUCAAACGGUCCCAUCUUCAGGUCCGUUUCGAUUGAUGAAAACGGGCAAUCUCCAGGAUCUGGCUUCCGGCUGGGAGACUUGUUCCAGAGAAGCAUGUCUUACAGGUCGUCACACUACUCUGGAUCAAGGACAGAAAACAUGAGGGCGGAAGAGGAGGAAGAAGCAGCAGGAGGAGUCGGUAGUUCAUUGCUUGGUAGGAAGGGAGGGAGUCAUGUAGAGGGACAAGGAAGCACCUCUGGGUUCAUAUCCUUCUUCAGACACAUUGGAAGCAGAAGCAAGUAUGUUGAUGCAGAGGAACGCUUCAAAGGAUCGAAUACUUGAUUUAACAUUUUUAGUUAAAGGCUAAAGGCCAAUGUUUGCCUUGUGUGUUUUACAUAAAUUGAGUUCAAAUGUGAUGUGAUUUUUAAUUGUUAUGGAUUUACCCUUCAGUGGACCCAAGGCAAAUGACGACUUGCUUUGAACAGUGACGGUUUUGAAUUUGUGUUAGCCAAAGCACUUUCAGAAAUCCUUUCUUUUGUCUUUUUGUACGCAAUAAAGGGUGUCAUUCUACCUUUUUUAGGUUGACAUUUCUCCUCAACCACCCUUUUCUUUAAAUCAUUGAAGGGCUCACCUGUGCUAAUGUCUCCUCAGUGAGGCCUCCUCACUUUCCAGUAGUUGCCGUCCACUUUGUCUGUUGUUUCUUAUCUGUCAGUCUGACCAGCAGGCAGUUAUUCAAAAGUGAGCCGUAUAACGUUUAUCACGUGUAGGAUAUGAACAGUGAGACAAAAGGCAGUCACCACUGUGCCAGCCACCGGUAGCUGAGAUCCUGCACAAAAAGAGACCUUCAGCUGUGUUACUUGGGUAACAGGGUUUAUUUACAGCCAUUUCAUUUGAGCUCUUGGCGUAAUAAUACU